AUCUGACAAUAGUCGUGGAAAACUUUUUUUGUAAACAGAUUUAUCGAAACGCAAUAAAAUUGCAUCAUUAUUCGAAUGAAUUGCAAUUUUUAUCACUCAAUAAUAAAAAAAAUUUCAAAUAAAAUCAAGAAAUGUCUUCGAAUUGUGGUCACGAAUCUAAUAUGAUGGAUGAACAUCAGAAUGGUCAUCAGAAAACACGUGUCGAAGUUCGUAACCAAGCAUUGGAAUUGAAUAGAAAACGUAAUCAAUUGGAAAAUGAAAUCAAAGAAUUUAUGGCCAUUUUACAAUCGCAAGGUGUUGGUUUGACCGAAUCAUUAGUCGAUUCUGAAGGUUUUCCACGUAAUGAUAUCGAUAUCAAUUUGGUUCGAACGGCACGAAAUCGAAUCAUAUGUCUCCAAAAUGAUCUUCGUGCAUUGAUGCGUCAGAUUGAAGAUAGUCUUUCGGAUUAUUUUGUUGCCAGUACAAAUGAACAAUAAAUGAAUAAAUCAAAAAAAAUUUCAAUCAAUCAAACAAAA